UGACAGAGUGACAGUGGUAUGUCGCCGAUCGGUGGCGUCCCAUCGGCCGUUACGUAAAACUCGCCUCCCUGUCGCUGUUUUCGGGCCCGGUUGCGGAAGACGACGGCGGAGGUUCUUCGCGCGCUUUUCAGUUGCUCGAUUCAAAUCUGGUGGAUUGGGAGGGAAAAUUUCUGCUCCAGCCUCCAGUAGAAACUACACUAGAUUCUUCCUCCUUCGGCGCGCGUUUUCAAUUUUUGUCUGGAUCCAGUUGUGCUGUCCUCUUUUGAAGAGAAAUCCACGGAGGAAAAGGAAAUCGGCGAGUUGGAAAGUGUUUAGGGCUGGGAAAGGUCGAAUGGGGGUCUCGGAUAAUACCAAAGGUUUCGUUCUCGCCCUUGUCUCGAGCGCCUUCAUCGGAUCCAGCUUCAUUCUGAAGAAGAAGGGGCUAAAGCGGGCCGGCAAAUCUGGCGCACUAGCUGGAGUAGGUGGAUAUGCAUACUUGCUAGAACCACUAUGGUGGGCUGGAAUGAUCACGAUGGUUCUAGGCGAAGCUGCAAAUUUUGUGGCUUAUGUUUUUGCUCCAGCUGCUUUAGUUACUCCUUUGGGCGCAUUAAGCAUAAUAGUCAGUGCCGUAUUGGCACACUUUAUGCUGCAGGAACGAUUGCAGGCAAUGGGCAUUUUGGGUUGUGUAUCCUGCAUUGUUGGUUCUGUUGUCAUUGUGAUUCACGCACCUCAGGAACAAUCUCCAAGUUCUGUAGAAGAAAUUUGGAGGCACCUAUUAACCACAAUGCACUGGACACUUUCAAUACAGCAAUUGUCUCGCCAAUUUACUAUGUUAUGUUUACUACUCACAAUAGUUGCAAGUGCAAUAAUGUUCAAGGAUUGGUCUGGCCAAAAUAUCAGCAGCAUAGCUUCUGAAAUAUGUGGUUUUAUUACAGUUAUUUCUGGGACUAUCUUAUUGCACUCCACCAAAGAACAAGAUGUAUUUCCUUCAACAGGUUCAAUGUCUUGGGUCAUUGGUAGAGGCAGCGGUGACCCCAUGAAAACAUCUAUGAUGACCAUUUUGUCAUCUUGCAAAGUUCUGAUUGAUUAUACUCGAGUCAAAUGCGUUCAGGAGGCUUAUCACAGUACCAUCUUGCUCCAUAGGGGAAUGCCAGAAUAUUGCCAGAUGGAUGCAUUUAUAAUGUAUUUUUAUAUUCAAUUUUCGUGUUUGAAAUAUAUAUGUUUUUCAUAGUAUUUCCUGAUAUGCGGGACAUGUAAGCUGGUUUUUGAAGUUACAAACUAGGCAACUUGUAUAUUUGCUUGUAUUCAAAACAGAGGUUGCCUCUUCCACUGUGUAUAGGUGAUUGCAAGCUAGUUCAUUUUCAUA